CAUUUGCCGUGCACCGGUCAAGUUGUUUUGUUUGUUUAUUUUUUAAUAUGUUAUUGAUGUUAAUUAAAAUGUAAAAUGAAGCAGGAAAGUGAUAAUAAUAAGCUUGAAGUUAUCGUUGAUGAAAUUCUUGAAGAUCCGGAGUUAAUUGAUGUCCGUGAUGAAAAUCCAGCGCUCCGUGAAUUGAUAGUUGAGCAGUGGAAGUUGGAUGCAUCGGUUUACUCUAUUUUGAUCGGUAAGUUACAAGUAUUGUUACAUUCCAAGAGUUUCUUCAACGUUUUCUAUAGGACAUGGUGUUACCGUGUCAUACCUUGCGGUCAUCGACGAAGCGGCGCUAGCGGAUAUUUUUUCAGUUUUGAAAUGGACGGGUCAUAAGCACGCCCUGCGAGCAAAACUGCAACACUGGGAGGAAAGUGCUCUAUACAAGCCGGAACAAACGAGUAGCUGCUCCCAUUCCCCAGGCCCUUCGACGCAUGGUUCAAUACGAGGUCCAACACAUCCUCUUCUGUCGACAUCGGUCACAUUAAGUCUCCUAGAGGACAUUCUUGAAAGAAAUGAGAAGGGGAAGAUUGUGACUCAGUUCUACCGAAUGCACCAACGGUUGGAUGCUCAGCACAGGAAACAUUUGGCACACACAGUAGUGGAUUAUUAUAUCGCAAACGAAACCUACUUCCGGAUACCAGAUAUGGCUCGAUUCGCGCAAUGUAUUGCAGAGAAAUUUCCACCAGAGCUCCCAGAAGUGUACUUCAACCCACGGGACGCAACGAUCAAUAAAAAGCAUCCAUCCGGAAUUCUUUAUGAUCGGUUUCACAAUCGAAACAAACAGCAUCUACUGCAAAGCAAACAGGAGAAGAAAAAUCCUAUCGAUAACUGGAAAAUCUUUAAAGCAAAAGCUCUGAUACUGCCGAAGGAAGAAAUCAAAAGGCAAAGUUCCAUUAAAACAUGGCUCCGAAAUAACAAACAUCCAGCAGAAAAAGUCACGGACCUCUGGCGAGAAUCAUUUUUACUACGCAUGCGGGAAAUUGUGGAGGAGACAGACGUGAAUAAGGCUCACGUAGUUGCUGAGUGGCCAAGACUAACUGAUGAAGACGGCUACCUAUUGAUUGAUGCUGACUUUGAACAAAUUUACCGGUAUGUGGCUACCUCUAACUUUUUCGACGACUGGGAAUGUUUUGUUCCACGCUACCUGGAGUAUAUUGAACUGAACGGCUUGAAGGAUGACUACUCGCGUCAAUUACUAACACAUCUGGAAUCGCAAUCUGUGGCAAAGGACACUCGUGACUUCAUUUGCUGUACCAUUUUCCAUGGUCUCGUUAAGCCUGUCCGUACUUCAUCACGGAAACUGCCAACUAUCCUCCAGGCACAAACUGAAAUGUGCUAUGCUUGUGCGACUGACGAAGAGUUCAUCGAAGCUGUAGAAUCAUUACGAAGCGAACAUUCGAAUGACAUUCCAUUCGCACCGCGCAUAUUCGUAGUGGGCCAGACGGAUAAACUAACAGGAUUCUACGUAGUAACUUCGAAACUCCAAUACAAACUACCAACUUUUUUGCGGUGUGUGGAUAUAGCAGUGAAAUUGAAAUUCGCCCAUAACUACGACUUUCCAGAAAGCUGUGAGUUGUUCUGGUGUUUUAUCGCAAAACACUUCUACAGCAUCAAUUUCUCUCGAAAGGCGAAAAAUAGUCAACUGCUUCAAUUUUUUGCGUACCUGAAAGACUAAAGGCCGGCAGCAUGAAUUGUCACUUAUGCCAAUGCCCGUACGAUUCAAUUCAACACGUCUUCGAUCAUUUGACAAUCCAUCACAGUACUCCAACGACAUUCAAGUACACGUGUACAGCAUGUGUACCAUCAGCUUUAUUCCAGAAUUUGCACCGAUUCAAACGACACGUCAAGGCGAAACAUUCUAAUUUGUUUCAACCGAUUGAUGCUGAUCGAACCAGCCAGCAUCCUGCUGUGAACAACAUUGCACCGAAUUCAAUUGAUCCCGAUAUCGAUGCAGAGGAUAAUGUACAUCAUAAUUUGUCCAGCACAAACAUCGAUGAAGCUCCGAACGAAAAUGAACUUGAAGAGAAAAAUGUAGAUGGAACCUUAGGGGAUGCUGAGAUUUUAGAUAUAAGAAAUUCAUUAAGAGAGAAUUUUCUAAACUUUAGCUUAGGUUUGCAUAACAAACAUAAUUACACACGAAAAGAUGUUACCAACUUGCAGCAGUGUAUAACUGAUGAAAUCGUAAAACCUAUAUGUGAUGCAUUGCUAAAAAUCGCCCCAAUCAAUAAUACAGCGAUAGGUAUAGAUGAUUUGGUUAAUGAUAUCUACCACCCGUUUGAGUUUAUUGCAACAGAACAGAAACUUAAUACCACACUACAAAAUUUGAACUUAAACGAUUCUUUACAUGUAAUCAAUUUCACGGAUGAAGACAAAAAUGUAGUUUCGAAGGGAUGCCUUAUGCCCAUCAAACAACAGUUCAAGCGAUUUUUUGAGAGUGGAAACGUUUUUAA